AUUGAAUAAGAGGGGAGAAUUCACUUCCGCGGCCUCGCUGACGUAAUCAGCAUUGUAAGUUCCCCGGAUGUCCCAGCUCUUCCUGCGGCUCACAAGCAACAUGGCGGCGUCCAGUGUCAACGCGGUUCGAGUCCGGCUGUAUUUUGAUUACCCUCCUCCCUGCAUGCCCGACUGCCGCAUGAGCUGGCUGUUGGUGGAUCUGAAUAAAUGUCGCGUAGUUGCAGAUUUGUGCAGCGUGAUUCGAGAGAAGUUUGAUUACAGCCGUAAAACAGCGUUAGACCUGUUCAUUGAGAACUGUUUUCUCCCUCCUGCAGAGAGCAUCUAUGUGGUCCGGGAUAAUGACAGUAUAAGGGUGAAGGUGUCCAGUGUUCCUUGUGAGUAUGCAGGGAAAAAAAGACGCAGAGAGGAAGAGGGUUCUUUGCAAGCACCAACGAAGAAGACCAGGGAAGAAGCGGGUGAGGCGAACGGCGUCACCCCACCAGCAGGUGUGAAAAAGAAAAAGCAAAAAGAGAAGAAAAAGAAACCAGACGAGUCUGUAGAAGCCUAUAAAUCAGAGCUUCCAUCUGCAAAAUCCCAGACAGACAAGAACAACAAGAAAGCUUCAGCGACUUCUGUGCUCACUAAUGGGAAUGCGAUUUCAUCAGACAGCAGCGAGGAGGUUACUCAGAAACCUUCUCAAUCCAAAUUCAAACACGCGGCAUCCAAGCGGCCUGCGUCGAGAAAAUCCUCUUCCUCCAAGUCAUCCUCCUCGGAAGAAGAAAACGUUCGUGGUCAAAAAUCUCCCAAACCAAGUACAAGCUUAAAAACCCGUCCAGGCACUAAGACAACCAAAGAGCAGACGUCUUCUAUAACACCAAAAUCCACAGCGAAUAAAACGCAACCUUCUUCAGAUUCGUCCUCGUCAGAAGAAGAAGCUUCGGGAGCAGCGGUGAAGAAAGCAAACGCCCCUCCAAAAUCAUCAUCAUCUGGCAAACAAAAAUCCUGUACUGUCACCUCGAAAGCGCAACCUCAAACUGUGACCACUUCAUCGUCUUCAGAAGAUGAUGAUGAUGAUGAUUCCAGGAAAACGAGCCUCUCAGGGAAAACGUCUUCAGUUCAAAACGGCGGUAAAACGGUGGCUUUACCGCAAACACGACCAUCUCCAUCCGUUCGCCACAGAAACGAGGGCACAAUUCCUACGUCUGAAAAACCUUCCGGGAAGUCGAAAAUUUCCAAAACGCAAACGUCUUCGGACUCCUCGUCAUCGUCGUCUGAAGACGAGGCCAACAAAUCGAACCCUCUUGCCACACCCAAACCUGUAGUAAAGAACGGAGCAACUCAGCCACCAUCCACUCCGGUAGGAACCACGCUUCCGGACAACAAGGACAAAGCGGAGAACUCGGACAGCAGCAGUGACACAGAGCUGGUGAUAAAGAAACCGAACCCUCAGCUCAUGAUUGGGUUGACUCCUCGAGGGAGGGGCCGGGGAUUUCCAGACAGGCUCAAAGGUCGAGGAGGGGUCCGGGGUGGGUUUGGCCGGGCGAGAGGGACACCUUGGAAGCAGAACUUUCAUUAUAACUAUGACAACGGAGAUCAGAGGAAGCAGAAAGAGUUUCAGACUAAUAGAAGCUUGGUCCUGCAGAAUCCUCCAGAGCCGGCUCCCCAGCGAGAUUACAGUGCUCUUCCUCUCCUCGCUGCUCCUCCUGCAGUGGGACAGAAGAUUGUUUUUAAGCUUUUAGAGCUCAACGAGAACUACUCACCUGAAGUGUCUGAUUAUAAAGAAGCAAAGAUCAUUGGAUUUAAUCACAGCACCAAUAUGGUGGAACUGGAGCUUCUGACACGUAGUCACGUUCGAACUGAACCCGGGAAGUUUGAUCUGGUGUAUGAAAAUCCAGACGGAUCUGAAAGAGUGGAGUACGCCAUCACUAUGGGUUCUCAGCUGACAGAGCGUUGGGAGUCGCUGCUGGAGCCCAGGCUUAUUGUGCAGAACACAGAGUAAAGAUUAAAUGAACAUAAUUUCAUCCAGAUUUUGGUCAUCAAGCAUCACUUUUGUAUUGCAAUGUCUUUUUAAGAGAAUGUGAAUCUUAAUGGAAUAAAUGUUUUGUUUUUUAUAUAUA